CUUCCAUAUCGCUCCAAACCCCCAAACCCCUCGGCGCGGUUCACACCUCGCUCCCUCCGCUCUGCGACGAUGCCCCACCUCCGCUCCCACGCCAGGGCCAUGGCCCCCUCCUCCUCCCCGCCGUCGCCGGCGGCGGCCGGGCUCUCGGGGACCCCGGCGCCGUCGCCGUCCACCUCCCUCGGCCUCGGCCUCGGCCCCGCCUCCCCUGACGACGUCGGGGGAUCCCUCAAGUCCCCCGCCGCGGCGCCGCGGCGCCGCAGCCUGCGCCUCGCGGGCGCCGCCACCAUCCCCACGGCGGGGACCUCCGCGCAAGACAGCGGUUCCUCGGGGUCGCGCGGGAGCGGGAGGAUGACGGCGAGGACUAGGGCUCGAGUUUCCGCAUCCCCUGUCGCUUCGCCGUGGGCCGGGAGCUCUGCGAGCGGCGGAUCGGGGGCUAGGUUUUUGCCGGGCGCCGGUGGGGUAGGGACGUUCAUGAGUUUGCGGUCGGGGUCUCGGAUCGCGAACCGGCAGAUGGAGGCGGGUUCUCAGGUGGAUGGGGAAAGGGGACCUUGGUCGGGCGGAGGGGGAAUUGAAGCUGGAGACCAGGUGCAUGAUGAAAUGCUGCACCGGCACGCCGGUGCGCCGGCGAAGCGGUGCAAGAGCAUAUUGGUUGGGGGAGUUGGGACGGAGUAUGUGGCUGAUUUGGAGAGCGAUUCUGAUGAGGAUUGCGUGAUGCUGGAGGAGGCUGGCAUGAAGAUGCCGGCCCAGUUACCCACCGGUCCAAGUGUGGUUGGACCGAAUCUGGUUUCGAUGAGCAUGGAUUGGACAGAAGAGGGGACUAAGGAUGAUCCUGCCAAGACAGGCAAGGAGGAAAUUGGAAACGUUAGUAGCUGGGAUGAUGACUUCUUGUAUGAGGAGUCUGUGCACACACAUAACUUGGCAGAGACGGCAGUUGGUGGGGUGCUUGAACAGUUAGCAGCUCCUGUAGGAAGUCCCGAGAGUCCUGCAGCAGAAAUGUACGCGGAUAUGUAUUUCAAGGAAGAGAUGAGAAGAUACGAGCAUAGAAUGGCAGGCAAAGGAAAAGGGAAGCUAGUUUUGGAGAAUAAAUAUUCUAGUCCUGAUGCUAGUGUGGGCAUCCGAGUUGGUACCAGGGCCCAAAGAUUUAGUGCUGAUAGUAAAGGAAAAGGAAAGAUGGUUAUAGGAGAGAGUUCAUUAUCUUUGAGCUCAAGUGAGGAUGAGAUGAAUUCGGAACCAGUGGGUUCUAAAGAGGUUCAGAGCAUCUCAAGAUCAGUUUAUGCUUCAAUGGAGUCACAUCGAAGGCAAACAGCAAGAGAUAGAGCUAUUAGGCUGGCCCCUAAAUUUGCAUUCUUCAAAGCAGAUGAAGAGGAACAUAGUGAAGGCGAUGAUGCAGAAGAGUUAGAGCCUGUUGCUGACCCUCAGGACUGGCCAGGUCCAUUUUCAACUGCAGUGAGGAUAUAUGAAGAGAGAGAGGCUAAAUUGAGAGCUCGGGAGUCAAAUUCUUCUAAGCUGGGCAAGUCUGCUAAUAAGGUCAUCCUUUGGUCCCCUUCAAAGGAUAGAAAAAAUACAGUACGACCUGCCCCAUCACUUACUAGCUUAUGCUUAAGCACUCUUGCGGAUCAUGCUGAAGGUAUUGAAUCACUUGGAGGUAUUCCAGUGGAGCUGAAACAUAAACUCUUAAAGAUGUUGUGUUGUUCUAGGAAGAUGAAUACCCAUCUUCUCAACGAACUAUUGUGUGAUAGUCCUACAGAACUGCAGCUUAGCGAUUGUUCCUGGUUGAGUGAGGACGACUUUGAGAAGACUUUUGGGAAAUGCAAGACAGAAAGUUUGCAGGUUCUGCAGCUUGACAUAUCUGGGCGAUGCAUGCCUGACUACAUAUUGCCUACUACCUUAGCAAAGGUUCCUAACUGCAUGCCUUUGUUGAGAAAAAUAUCUCUGAAUGGAAACUAUCGCCUUUCUGAUAAGGGUUUAGACACAAUCAUCACAGCGGCACCUUCUCUUAGUUCGCUAAAUUUAUGCGAGUGUUCUCUUCUCACUUCAACUGGAAUUGAGAUUCUUGCUAACAAGUUACAUUCAGUACUCAGAGAACUUUAUAUUGAUGACUGCCUAAAUGUGGAGGCCAUGAUGAUUCUUCCUGCUCUACAGAAGAUUAAACAUCUAGAGGUUUUGUCAAUGUCUGGAGUACAAUCUGUCUGUGAUAAGUUUGUGAAUGAGCUCAUUCCUGUACAUGGUUCAAAUAUGAGGGAGCUAGCAUUUGCUGGAUGCUUGAAACUUACCUCAUCUUCUGUCAAGACUAUAGCGGAGAGCUGUCCACAGUUAUCUUCUUUAGACCUUCGCAAUUUGAAUAGGUUGCGCGAUUCAGCACUGAGAAAUCUUCGCAAUGGUUGUAGGUUAAUAAAGAUAUUAAAGCUUCAAAGAAACACAUUCAGCGAUGAAGCUGUUUCUCAAUAUUUGGAAGAAUCUGGAGGAUGCCUAACUGAAUUAAUGCUAAACAAUGUUGAGAAGGCUGGAGACCUUACUGCCCUUGCAAUUGCUGGCAAGUGUUCUGCUGGCUUGGAGGUCCUUGAUCUUUCCUUCUGCCGUGAACUGACCAAUGAAGCUUUGGGGCUGAUUGUUGACAGCUGCUCCUCGUUGAGGAUUCUCAAGCUAUUUGGGUGCACCCAGAUCACGGAUUUUUUCCUCAAGGGCCACUCAAACCCGUCGGUCAAAAUCAUCGGGAUAGAAGGGAGCAUACUGGAGCAAAUGGAUAACCGUUAGUUUGUUCGCAGAAUGAUCAUACAUUCCCCUAACCAUCCAGUUGUCUAGUUUAGGAGGGGUGACAUCAAAGGUCCUGAAGGUUGCUGCACCUUCCAGUAGGAAUAUCUUGUCAACCUACCCUGCUGAAAUUAGUUAUAUGCUCCUAUAGAGAACUGUUUUGAAAUGAUAAACAUUCAUUCAGUCAAGUUACAUGAAACAGUGGAAAAUCUGCUGCUGCAUUAUGCAAA